GCACUCUUUACCGUCGUUCCUCCUUACAGUACCUCGGCCCCCGGUAGGAAAUAACGACGGUCGCAACCUUCCACUUCCAUCAGGUCCCGUCUUCAAUGUUUGUUCUUUGCCAAUAGACAUGACAUGGUUCCACCGUGACAAUCAUCUCGAUUAGUUCCCCUGCCCAUCGCUGUCCUUACAUACCGCCCCAUUAAUCUCUAAUAUCCCACGACGUAAUUGACAAACGAAGACUUGCGACGGCGGCGACGACGACCACUACAACGACGACGACGACGACGACGACGACGACGAGCAGCACGACGAGAAGGGGCGACCCAUCCACACGAAGCACGCCAUGUCGGUCGAACGACUUCUGACCAAUGUUCUUCGGUUAUACCAGGACGUCCAUGACGAUGAUCGCACCGAACAGUUAUACUCGACCACCACCACGCUGCUGACCCACCUCUCCAACCCGCUCAACAUCACCGUCCUCACCUCGCAACUGCUCAAUGCGCCAGCAAUAUGGGAGCGCGGCGAUGGCAUGAGGGCCUGCUACCGCGUCAUCAGUAUCUUCAACAGCGCUGCCACCCACGUCCGCAACAAGGAGUUGGAGGCCGCGAAACUUCAAGAGCAAGCCAAACACAAGCAGCCGCCCCAGCCACUUCCACUUCAGACACACCCGGCACUGCAUGGCCCGCCCGGGUCGCGAGCGUCACAAGGCCUGCCGCCAGGUUCGAGAGGAUCUCAGGCAGGACCGCCGGUGCCACAGGCGCCACGCACAGGUGGUGGUUUGUCGUGCGAUGACUGGGUAUCAGCCGUCCUCAAGGGCGCAGACGACAAGUCCAGCAGGUGGCAGCAUCUGCUUGUCUUCUGCGGUGUUCUCCUUGGCAUGACAAGUCAGAAAGAUCCCAGGAAUCGCCAUGGCCUGAGCUACUCGAUGCGCAAUACCGUCGAGCAAGCCUUCGUCACCGCUGUCAACCUUGCCCUCCGCCCCAAUGAGCAACCACACGGACAACACCGCGAACCAGAGCCCCCUGCUCCCCCCGGCCCGAUAGCGCUGGCCCUCACCUACGCCUUCCCACUACUUUCAAAGUCCUCUCGCCUCGCCCUGGACUGUGACGCUAUCGUGCCCGUUGCUCUGAAUGGCAUGACUGGCGCAGAUGGCUUGCAAGACGGCCUCUUUCUUUGCACUAUCGAUGGAGAUCUCAAGCAAUCAGGAAACCACUUUACUUGGCAAGAGAACUCCCCAUCGGCUCUUCUUCUUCGCCAGCUUGAGCAAAAGCCGUUGGUCAAUGGACUUGGACCUCUGUCAAAGGUCGUUGGAUUUGCCAUCGAACAUGCGCGUGAUACCAACGUUGUCUUGCAGGCUCAGAAUGAUCUGCUCACGUUUACCCAAAAGCUCCUGCACGAAUGGGAGGCUAGCAAGCUCUCGGAAAUCGAAAUCUCCGAGGAGGAAGUAUACCUCACCCAAGAGACUCUACAAGGUCCUUGGGUGGCUCUGUGGACGCUCUUGAGGAAGGUCAUGUAUGGCUCGGUAGCGGUGUUACAGACCAUUGUGGCUCGCAGUCUGCUCGAUCCUCGGAUGAGGAAUGAUGCCAUGGCACCCGUCGUGGCCAGCAAGACCCUCAAGGCCCUCCGCUACCUCUACUUCAUCUCGUCUCGGAACGGAAGCGAUGCCUUCCAGGUAUACACCUUCACGUACCUUACGUCCGUUGACAACCUGGCGAGGUACUCGGACGCCUGUGCCAGCUUUCUACGCGAUGCGAAGCCACUUAACCCGGGCACCAUUCCUCCACAUCCCCUUCACAGAACCCUGGACUUGUUCUACUUGAACGUUGCCGAACACCUCCCCCUUAAGCUGACACCCGAGGACUGCGAUUCGCUCAUUGUGCAACCGGCCAUGGCCUACCUGACUCACUCAACCCCCCUCUCGCCACGCAUGCUCGAGUUGUUCGAGGCAGCACACAGCGCCGUCCUUUCGGUUCUCUCGUGCCCACAUAACGCACCCGUCACCGUAAAGCUCGCCCCUUUCUAUGCCGAGGCGCUGUUCUCGGCCUUCCCCACGCACAUUUCACCGCGCCAAUUCCGCCUGGCCUUCAAGACCUUGAUGCAGAUCCUUUCCCCCCCGUACCCCAUUUCGUCAACCCACCCACAGCUGGCUGAGACACUUUUAGAGAUGGUCCGUUUCCGCAUAGGUGUCGCAAGCAAGGUGCCAUUGCCGCCUCCUGAAACUCAAGUCCAAUCGGCCACUCCCGAGCUACCCGUGUCUGAACAGAGUACCUUGGUGAUGACCUUGAUAGAUUCUCUGCCGUUCCUCCACCUCCGGAUCUUUGAGGAUUGGCUAACCCAGGCCGCUCAUGCUGUGAACCAGAUCGAAGACGUGGCCAUGAGGGAGGCUGCCAAGAGACGGUUCUGGGAGAUCCUGGUCAGCGGAGAGAUGGACGUCGAGAGAUCGGCUAUUGGUGUUGCAUGGUGGGGGACAAAGGGAGGCAGGCAAGCCGUUCUCUAUGGAUCUCAAGGAGGACUUCCUGACGUGCCCAUGAUGAGUGGUGCCAUUCAGAACAACAUGGACCGAGCCAAGCUCUGAUUGUCUGUGUCUUGUUUUUUCCUCCUGCAUAUGGAAUAAUGACAUUUUUCUCUUUACUUCAGUAAAAGGCAUGGAAGUUCUCAGUUCUCAAAAUAAUAUGUCGAUACCCCCUUCUUUUUGCCGUCCAGUAGUCAACUUUCUCGCCUGCCUGCCGCCCCGCCGGCUUACGCGGCUGGUCGUAACACUUUGCUCAAACUGAUACGACUUGUACUCCUUUCUUGCCCAACUCUCUCGCCUGGUCAUCGAAUUGAACUCUCAGUCGCAGUUGCGUCAAUGAUGCCGUGGGGCGUGGCACGCCCAGCCUCUUAGUCUAGUAUGGCAGCGUCAUCAGCAGACUGACCCGAGGCUCCUAUCGACUUUCAAUGUUGAAGCCAUGAGGCUGGAUUGACGACCGCUUUGCUUUUGCAAACAACAAUGACUUGGUCAUUUUCUCAUGCGCACCCACGACUAAUACAGUGCGUAUCUCGCCCGCAUAACAUGUGAGACUCACCGUCCCCCAAAGCGGCCUGUUAUAUACGGCGGUAGGUAGUACACCGACCGAGCCUUUCAUUUCCCUUCCCCCCCUCACCUUUCUCUGGUCCAAUUACGGGAUCUACGGCGAUGAUACAGUCCAACCAUUGUGCCUUGCUAGAAGGCGUGCGCGGAACAACCAAUUCUGUUUCAGUCUCGCUCUUUUGUUCGUUCUCUCUUUUCCCCUCACCUCACUUGAUCGGGGGGAUGGUGUCGGACAGUUCUUUGACCAGAACAUCGAGGCGAGCGAAGCCAUGAGGGAACCACAUGGUUUGAUGUUCCUGACCGGUUGUGUGUCCGCGCGUCAACUUGUCUCGGAUUUUACUUGAAUAAGACAAGAGGAGAAGAGCGGGAAAGCAAAAGGCGGUAGAAAAGGAGAUUACGCAGGCAUUUGAUUAUACAUAACGACUACUACAGUACACGACAGGUACACCUUGCUGCCUGGCUACCUCUUUUCGUUGGACUUGAGGAUGGCGGAAAGGCGGUUGGGACGGGGAAAGGAGAAAAGUGACCGCAAGACCCAAAAAGUAAC